AUGUCUGGUACUGGGUCUGUUGGGCACCACGCACCUCAGAAUAGACCACCUAUUCCAUCAGGCACUAGCCUUCCUUCUCGCCCAGGCAGAGUUGUAUUAGGGGGCGCUGCCAUUGUUGCAUCGACGUUCGGGCUCUUUUGGAUGUAUUUGCAACGCAACCAAGCCCGCAGAGCCGAUCCGAACGCCCCGGGUUCUGUGUCGGGAUGGGAGCAUCGUCUUCAUGACGCAGCAUAUCCCGAUUCCGAAGUAUCAACUUCUACUGCUGCUACCCGUUCCCAACGCCUCUUUUUACCCCUCCCACCUCCGAAAGAACCAAACCGCGAGCAGCAUCGUACGAUUGCGACGGUUAGACGGGAUGGAGAAGGCGCUCAUCCUCUGAGGGACGAUCACGGUGGCUUCUUACAUCCCACCCCACAGAGAGAUAGGGGCGAUGGGCUCGCGUAUACGAAACGUGUGGGUACCCCCGAUGGCUGA